AUGAGGGCAAAUUUCCACGGCGCCUUGUUUCUCGGGCUCGAGUUAUUGGCACUCGCCCAGGCCGCCACCACAAAAAACCAUGUCAAUAAGCCAGUAAAACGAGGAUUACUGGCGGACAUUCUAGAUCAGCUAUCGGGCCAAAAGGGGGCGAAUGACGACCAGAAGACUGUCACCGAGACAAUUCUGAAAACUAUCACGGUUGGAGAUGGCGGAGCAGCGGGCGGUAACGGAUCGACUCCCAUGACCGUCACAGUCACAGCGCCAGCGCCAGCGGUAGAUCCAGCAGCAGGAGGAGGGCAACCCUCAUUUGUAACGACGACGGUUGUCGAUACCGCCCCCAUUCCGACAGUGACAGUCACGACGACUGUGAUGCAGAUGAUCCCAUGUGGAACGACUACUGCGGCCGCCGUUCCCCCAGCUGUGCCAUCCUCCAUCGCCUCUUCCGCUGCGGCUGCCGUCUCGUCGCCGCCACCAGCAGUAGAAGCACCAGCGGCUACUACCGUACCACCGCCACCACCGCCGCCGCCCACUAUCACUCCGUCAUCCCCCACUGUCACUCCGUCAUCGAAUCCGGUGCCACCCCCUGCUGCCUCGACUCCAUCCGUUGAGACCGCGCAACCUACACCAACAACUAUCCCUGCUACGACUCCGAGUAUCCCCACGUCAAUGACGAGUUUGAUGACUAUGCCACUCCAACAAUCUACUGAACCGGCUGCCUCACCGAGCACCGCCGCGUCCUCACUGGCUCUUCCGCUAGAAGUAGAUACGAGUACUCCCGUUGCCGCGGCGCCUGCAGUAGUAGUCACGCCACCCCCAGGGGAUGUAGCCAACGCCGGUGUCAUCGAGGGUCCCUCCAUCAACCUGAGUGGCUUAACGUUAAACAGCAUUCUCAACCUCGGCAAUCUUGUCACGGUCACCAUCGUCCCAUAG